AUGCUGGAGGAGCCUCUUUCAAGGUCACCAUCAUAUUUCGCUGGCCCAGGCCGCUCCAUACUUGAAGACUCCUUCUUCAACAAUCCCGGACGAUUGCGCCCUGCAGUCGACGUAUCGGAAGAGGGCAACUCAUAUGUAGUCGAAGCUGAACUUCCCGGCGUUAAGAAGGAGAACGUUGAAGUCAGCAUCGGGGAAGGCGGCAGAGCCUUACUGACAGCUGGCUAUGUAGGUACGACUGCAGUAACCAAGUCCGAUCAGUCGUCGUCGCAGCUGUCCACCGAACGCGCCUUCACGGGCAGCGCCACCUUCUCGCGCACGGUCUGGCUACCACGGCCAGUCGACGCAGCAGGGGUGACCGCUCAGUUGACGGAUGGUGUGCUAACGGUAAAGAUACCGAAGGCGGAGGACAAGGCCAGCGUGAAGAUCCCAGUCGCAUGA